CUCACUCCCUCUGCUGCAAGCUCUGGAAACUGGUGUGUGACGCGCUUGCUCCUCCCGCACGUUAUUUAUUUAUUUCGUCUUUGCCUCCCGCGGAGACUCUGCUGUCACAGGCAGAGCGGGAGCCGCCAGCGGUCUACCGGGAGACCCCGGGGGCGCACAGAGCGCACGCAGGGGCGGCCCGCGCUCAGCCCCGCGGGGGCCAUGAGCACUGGGCCGGAGGCCAGGAAGGAUGAGGGCGACACUAGCCGGAGGGCACAGGGGGCAGAGCCGCGGGCCCGGGCCCCCCUGAGCCAGCAGCGCCGGCUCAAACAGGCUGCCCAGUUCCUGCACAAGGACUCGGCCGACCUGCUGCCCCUGGACAGCCUCAAGAGACUCGGCACCUCCAAGGACCUGCAGCCACACAGCGUGAUCCAAAGACGCCUGGUGGAGGGAAACCAGAGUCGGAUUCAGAAGUCUCCCCUGGUGCAGGUCCCCAUUCAUGGCCAAGAGGACAGGGGGAAGAGUGGGACACAGCUUCCAGCUCUGCUGGUCAACUGCAAGUGCCAGGACCAGCUGCUUAGAGUGGCCGUGGACACAGGCGCCCCGCACAAUCAGAUCUCCUCCACGUGCCUCAGCCGUCUGGGGUUAGGGAAGAGGGUCCUGAAAGGCCCAAGUGGGAGCCUGGCACCUGGGCUCCCAAGCCAGGUGGAGCAGCUGGAGCUGCAGCUGGGGCAGGAGACUGUGGCCUGCUCGGCCCGGGUGGUGGAUGCCGAGAGCCCUGACCUCUGUCUCGGGCUGCCCACGCUGCUUUCUCUCAAGUGCUGCAUCGACCUGGAACAUGGGGUGCUGCGGCUGAGAGCCCCGUCCUCAGAGCUGCCCUUCCUGCCUUCGUACCAAGAGCCCGGCCAGUGAUCGCUGUCCCCGUCAGUCUUCCCCCGGGGCAAGAGCUGUGGGGAGGGCCAGACAGCUGGGGACUCUGUGUCCCUCUUCUCACUGCCCUGACCCCUACUGACCCAUUUCUCUCAGUCUGCCACAGGCCUCUCCGCUGUCAGCAACUGUCCCCUCCCCCAGGAGUUUCACCCCGGGGGCCCAGACUCCAGCCUUCUGGCUUCCCUGUUCUCUCAGUCCCUUCCCAAGAAGAGCGACACCAGGUCAGGGCUGCAGAAUGGGACGAGAGCAAAAUGGGGCUCUGGGCUUGGCCCUGGGCACAGGAGGACCUGAGCCAAAAGCUGCAGCUGACCGCUGUCCUCACGGACCCUCAGCCCCCACCCCAAAGCUACUCCACUGCCCUGACGCCCACAUCUCCCUGCUCACCUCGGGCGUUCCUGGUCUCCUGCCACCACCAGGCCGCCAUGCCAAACCAGCCCGGGUCCCUGGCCCUCCUGGGCCUGCCUUUUGGAGUCCAUGCAUGUCUGCUCACAGGUGAUGGGGGGAGACAUGUUGAACAGAGGAAUUCAGUACAACAACGAAGGUGACUUGGGGAAGGAAUGUGCAAUGCCGAAGGCAGAGAGCAUCUGCUGUUCACCUUCUCUGGGAUUGGUGGUUGUUUGAUUCCCCUGUGCAAAGCCUUGGCUGUACUUCUCACACUCACUGCACACAUUUAUUUUCCACUUGCCCUUUGCACCCACUGGGCUCCUGAACUUUGAAGGUGUAUGUGGAAGGGCCCAGAGAGAUAGGAGAGGAUGGUGGGGUUGGCAGUCUUCAGACUUAAACCUAACCAGCAUUUGUUUUUAUUUAUGGGGCGGGCCUUGUGGCUCAGCAGGUUAAGCUACUGCUUCCAAUGGUGGCAUCCCAUAUUCGAGUCCCAGUUCCAGCCGCAGCUGCUCUGCUUCCAAUCCAGCUCCCUGCCAAUGUACCUGGGAAAGCACCAAAAGAUGGCCCAGGUGUCUGGGCCCUUGCCACCCUCGUGGGAGACCUGGAUGGGGUUUCAGGCUGCUGGCUUUGGCCCGGCCCAGCCCUGGCUGUUGCAGCCAUUUGGGGAGUAAAGUGGCAAAUGGAAUAAUCUCUUUCCCUCUCUGACUUUAAGGCUUAUUUAUUUAUUUGAAAGGCAGGGCAACAGAGAGAAAGAGAUCUUCAUCUGCUGGUUUCACUUUCUGAAUGCCUGCAACAAUUGGUGCUAAGACAGGUGGAAGCCAGGAGCCAGAAACUCCACCUGGGUCUCCCACAUGGGUGGCAGAGGCCCAAGUACUUGGGCCAUCAUCUUCUGCUCCCUCCCCCCGACUCCAUGUUUUAGCAGGGAACUGGAUUGGAAGUGUAGAGUAGCCAGGACUCAGAACUAGCAGUCUGAUGUGGGAUGUGGGCUUGCAGAAGUGGCAGCUUUACCCACUGUGCUGCAACACCUGCCCGUCUUCUUAUUUCUAGAAUUACCCCCCCUCCCAUUAGCCUUCUUUCUACCCAUAUCUUUGACCUUCCGAGUUUAAGCUUAUCUUGUCCUGGAAUCAGUGGCUUUUUAUCCCCCAGUUGGGCUCACCCACAAAGCAAAAAGAGGCUCUUCUGAAUUCACUGUGAAGAGUCCAAACCUCAAGCAGCAAGACCUGGAGGGUCUUUCUGGCUGGUCUGGGUCUCGCAAAUCACAGUCAGGAACAGAGAAAAACCAGCGGUGGAGCUAACCUGAGCUAGGGACCUGGGACCUGGGGCUGGAACGCAAAUCUCGAGCCUGGAGUAGAUUAGAGAAAAGCCAAGUGCAAGGAGCUGCCCCGGGACACCUGCUUUGCCUUUCCCAGGCUCACUUCUCACAGGUACCUACAGGAUUCCCUUGCCCUCACUGCCUUGCUCCAUGACCUCUGCUUCCCUGGGUCUCGCCCUGUUCCUCUCCCUGUUUGCUUCUGGCUGCUGCUGUAACUGCAGAACCAAGGCCCCAGCGCCAGCCCUCAGCCCAGCUGCUUCCCCUUUGAAUAAACACUUGUUUCUGU